UAACCCGGGGAAAAAUGAUAAAACAUAUCAAUCCAAAUGAAUUAAAAUAACAAAACAUUUAUUUAAAUAAAUUUCGGCAAACACUAAGGAACCAAAAUAUUUGGAAAAAAUAAAAAUGUCCGCUUUAGAUUUAAUAUCAUUUCAUAAUGAAGUCUUCCGAUCUUAUGUUUUAUGGGGUACUAUAAUGGUUACAAAAAUGUUGCUUAUGGGACCUCUGACUGCACUGCAACGUUUCAAAAAUAAGACCUUUGCAAAUCCUGAAGAUUUAACAUCAAAAGAUCAUAAGGUUAAAUUUGAUGAUCCUGAUGUGGAACGUUGUAGAAGAGCCCAUCGCAAUGAUAUGGAGAACAUUGUACCAUAUCUGGCCCUAGGUUUCUAUUAUGUUAUGACUAAUCCAUCUGCCGAUAUAGCUAUUAUUGUUUUCCGUGCCGUGGGUAUUGCUCGUAUUGUUCAUACCUUGGUUUAUGCUGUUUUUGUUAUUCCUCAACCUGCCCGUGCUCUUUCCUAUUUUGUUGGUUUGGCCGCUACAGUGUACAUGGCUGUUCGGAUCAUGAUUUAUGCCUUUUAACAAAUUUUCUACUUUUAAAGCAAAUUAUUAAUAUGUAUCCAUACAUAUGUAAAUCAGGAAUAAACGGUAUUAUAUUACAACAA